AUGGCUACAGUUUUGCAUUACUUGCAGUACUUCCUUGGCCGGUUAUUCUACCCUAUUCGCAGCCAUGACUCUCGGCAGUUCAUCUAUAGUCCAGCAUUCGAAAGCAUCCCCAAGCCAAACAUGACUAUUCUGUGUGACCAAUGUGGUCCAUCUGGUUCGAAGCUGCUUUUGCAACACACUUCCCUCGCCGACGAUGGCAGCGGUUCCAUUCCCGAGUUGACGUGGUCACCUCCACACGUCACCGAACCCGUCAAGGAAUACAUCCUUAUGUGUGAGGAUAUUGACGUGCCUAUUCCAUUCACAGCCAUCCACCACGGCUUUUUCUGGGGAAUCAACCCUCAACACACAUCAGUAACCCCGCUGGAGACCAGUGUGUCUAAGGACAGCCUGAAAUGCCAGACCACCUCCGCAUGGCGUUACGUUCCCAACCUUCGGGGCAAACCAUAUACCGGCGCUAGCCCUGUUCUUGGUCAUGGCAGACACCGUUACGUCUACACUGUCAUUGCUUUGAAGGAGAAUCUCAUCUUCGACCAUCCCGACAAGGUGGUCAAGUCAGACAUCAAGAAGGCCAUCGUUGGCAAGGUCAUUGGCUGGGGUCAGUGGGUCGGUGAAUUUGAGCGUCCAUGGCCAUACUGA